CUGUGCUACAGGUAAAUUAUGUUUACCAAUCGAUUUUUCUAGAUUUCGCGGUAGAAAAUAAAAAUGGCGUGCACAGCCGAGGAGGAGGCCCAUCUUAAACAGACGGCGGAGCAGGGUUUCAGAAGUUCUACGUCCCCAAUCCAAAAGCUUCGGUAUGCCUGCCUGAUGCGUGGGGCGAACGGAAUCAAAGGUUUAGGCAGAAGUUUCCGAAUAAUGGAUGACGACGGAAGUAAGACGUUGGAUUUCCGUGAAUUUCGAGACGGUCUUCGUGACUACGGACUUCGAGAACUGGACGACCAAACAAUAGCAGACGUUUUUAAGGAACUGGACAAAGACGGAAGUGGGAAACUGAGCUAUGACGAGUUCUUAGUGGCUAUCAGGGGACCAAUGAACAAAACUCGUGAGGAAUAUGUAAAACAGGCAUUCAAAAAGAUGGAUGCUACCGGUGACGGUCAGAUAACAAUCGAAGACAUCCGAAGGUUAUAUGACGCCAGUCAACAUCCAAAGUUCAUGAGUGGCGAAUGGACAGAGGAUCAGUGUUUCCGACAUUUCCUGAAUUCCUUUGACAGCCCCGGAAAUCCAGACGGAGUGGUGACCUGGGACGAAUUCCUAAACUACUACGCCGGCGUCAGCGCCUCUAUUGAUGAAGACGGGUACUUCGCCACAAUGAUGAAGCGCGCCUGGCGACUGUAAUAGUUAACAUUUCCUGACACUAGUAGCACGUGGUUCCGUCCGUAUACAGACUGGUGGACAGCUUCAGGAGUAGACAGAUAUACAUGUUUAUAAUUUAUGUAUGUGAUAUAUACAGACUAUGCAGAUCUGAGGACGCCGUCCUAAUUAUAAUCAAAACUUGUUGAUCUUUACCUGUUUUUAAUAUGAAGUUUAUAUUAAUGUUAUAUUCAAAUAAAUAUACAUGGUUAACCUUUUGA